AUGGGUUUCCUUUCACACAUGCGCCGCGAAAAGCGGAGCUGUGACGGCAGCAGCAGCUUCUGCUGCAGCAAGAGUGAGGCGGACUCGGAGUGCAGCAGCCUUCGCCAAGACAUCUUUGACACUCUGCAACACAAUCAGCAGCAGCUGCUUCCGACCCCUUCUUAUGCACUUGACCAGUGGAGUUUCCCCUCUAGCCGCAGUGGGCUGCGCAACAACAACAACUACAACAACAGCAACAGCAACCGCCUCUUCUCGCGACUUGCUACCCACGGCGCAGCCUUCCCAGCAGAGGCUCCUCGUUCAACUGGUCGCUGCGUUAGCGGGACAACUCCUCUGUCUCGCCAAGAUAAUUCUGUUGCUGGAGCAGGAACAGCAUCAGCUAUGGUAUCGCCACAUGGGCAGAGGUGCCUUCAGCUUGGGCAAAAUUCGGCGGUGCCCUGCUGUUGCUGCAGCGACAGCAGCACGCACAGCGGCGGCAGCAACGAGCUGUCCCGGGGCCGCUGGUGCGCGGGCGCAUGCUCUUCGGGUUUCCUAUUGCAGCAGCAGCAGCAGCACACAACGAAGCAGUCAGCGCAGCCUCUACCUGCAGGCAUGGUGUUGAACGUGCCGACGCUUAUCGAGUCUCGGGGGGUCAAGUGCUUGAUUCUGGAUGCUCCGACAAACGACAACCUCCAGGCUUACCUGGCACAGUUGGUUCAAGUGGGGGUGACAGAUUUGGUGCGCACGUGCCCGCCGACUUAUGACGAGGGGCCUGUAGUGUUGGCAGGCAUCCGAGUGCACGACUUGACCUUCCCCGACGGCGAGGCACCUCCAGCUGAAGUCAUUGCGCGCUGGAGGGCCCUCGCAGCGCAGGCGAAGGCAGAGGGGGGCGUACUCGCCGUACACUGCGUAGCAGGACUUGGCAGAGGACCCGUCCUCGUUGCUGUUUCCCUGAUCGACAGCGGGUUUGAAGCUGAAGAGGCCGUCAACUUCAUCCGCUCACGCAGAAAAGGGGCGAUUAACAGGCGACAGCUGGCCUUCCUCCACAACUACCGGCGCCACGCCGUGGCGUCCCGCCGGUGCAUGCGGAAGUGCACUAUCAUGUGA